AUUUUUUGCACAAGUAAUGUAGUUAGCAAUAAUGUAAGCGGCACCUUGGGUGAGCUGGAGCUGUGAUGAGAAGGGUGCUUCGCUUGAAUUAAGUCCAGUGGGAACUUGUUAGUGCAACAGCUAUAGUGCUCUCUGUCCAGACUAGCCAGGACAACCUGUCGGCUAGUCAAUUGUACUGCUUAGCUUUGCAAUGCUUUUGUCACGAGUUUAUUGAAAUACAAUCGUUAGCAUGUGAUAACUCAUGGUGGCUUUGCUUGCAAUGCUGGAACAUAGUUAGAAAUGACCCCUACCCAAAAAAAUUGCAAUAACACCAAUGAGAGUGAAAAAAUAAAACGAUGACGGCUCGCGCUCGUAUUUUUCAAUUGGACAUCAUCAGUGUUUCCAUGUGUCUCAUUAACUCGAUUUAUGAAAUUGAUCGGAAGGCUAUUUGAAGAAUUUUUCUACGUCCCAACUCUCGACCUCCACGUUUAAUAAUCAGUGGCGUUCCAGAGACUUAAAUUGGGGCCCUUUCUACAAUGGUGCGCUAUCCAGAUGGUCCUAUACCCUGCCUCGAAGAUGAAACCUGUCAUGUUAGGAUCACUGAUAUAAGAGAUGCGGGACCAAUUGUUAUAUUGGGAUUCUGGGGAUUUGUACUUAUCUUCUGCAGUGCUUUCGCACUGUGGCGGUGGUAUUAUUCGUACCGGUUCCCAAUUUUGCCAAUUAUUAUCGAAGAGAAAAACGGGAGUGGCGUUAAUGAAGAUGACAAGGGCUCAAGUGUCCAAGAGGGCACAUCCAAGCACACAUCAACAGCGGAAGAGCUGCAUUUGGAGUUGGACGAGGCCAGAGUGCUAUUAAUCACAGGGUACACAUGGACAUACUUCGGACAGUUUUGUUAUUCGCUAUGCUGCUUGAUAUCGCUUCACUGGGUUGCUCUUUAUGUACUGAUUUUGAUAGACACCUACAACAAGUGCGAGAUUGGUGGAAUCGACAAUCUUUGUUUCUUUGGUAACAAUGUCAUCUUUGGUACCUACGAACUGAAUGGCAAGAUUUUUUUUCUUGUAUGGUGGCUGUCUACCAUCUGGUAUACAACCUGGGUCCUCAACAAAGGGAAGGUGCACAACUGGUUUCGCAUGCCAUGUGACCUUUCUCUGGCGACUGUUGUCUUUGUGUGGGUUCAAGGUCAGCAGGAAACACUUUCCAACAAUGUUUUCUCUCUCGUCCACGUUCUGCAGCAAGCCAAGAAUACACUAGUACCUGCAGACUGUCGGGGUAAUUUUGAAACUAUCGAUAUAUCAACAACAAGUCUGGGUCAACGGUACUUUAUUAUGCGAGGUCAACGUUACUUGGUGAAUGACAAGGAACUGCAACGCGCAUCUCUGAAAGUUGGGACCAGUUAUAUUGAUUUUUACCAGGCGGCUACUGGACUUACUACACAUGAAGCAGAGUCUCGUUUGGAGAAGAUUGGCCCCAAUGAAAUUCCUUUUAAGCCUGAAACUUGGAUGUUUACAACUGUCGAUGAACUCUUUUCACUAUUCCAUGUCUACCAGCUUGUCAUGUAUAUGCUUCAGUUCUGGAAUAGCUACCUUUUCGUGGCAUCACUUAUGACCUGCAUAGUACUGCUUAGCGCUUCUGUUACCAUAUAUUCACGACGGCGAAGUCAACUCGCAAUUGUAAAGGUAAUAGAAAAUGUUACGGAAGCCUAUGUGCUUCGUGAUGGAGAAUGGGCGACAGUUCAUUCAAGCAAGCUUGUCCCUGGCGACCUUGUCAGAAUUAAAAGUGAUUGGUUACUACCUUGUGACCUCCUGAUUAUAAAAGGUUUUUGCGUAUGCAAUGAAAGUGCUCUAACAGGAGAGGCAAUGCCAGUACAAAAAUACAUGGCGGCUAACAACAUAGAGCGUUACAAGUCUGAUGGAAGUGGGGCUCGUCAUACACUCUUUUCAGGGACCACUGUACUUCAGGCGGGUGGCUCAAAUCAAGACGAUGUUCUAGCAAUAGUGACAUCUACAGGUAUGGCUACUUCAAAAGGAAAACUACUGGCUAGCAUCUUGUAUCCAGAGAAAAUGCUUUUUAAAUACGAUGAGGAGCUACCAGUAGUCGUGUUGUUACUAUUGGCAUAUGGAAUUAUCUGUUUCGUCAUCUCCAUCUUCUUCCAGAGUCACACAGGGGCGCAAAGUUAUUGGGUGACCAAGUGGAUAUAUUGCAUGGCUAUAUUAAAUCAAAUUAUGUCUCCGCUUCUUCCAGUCGCCCUCGAGGUUGGUCAACUGCAUGCUGUGGAGCGUCUCAAGGCACGUGGCAUUUAUUGUUUGAACCCGAAGCGCAUUGCAAUUGCUGGAAAGAUACGCGUUUUUUGCUUUGACAAGACCGGAACCCUCACCAAAGAAGGUCUAGAUUUUGUUGGUGCUCAGAGUGUUAGCUCAAGUAGUGAUGGACCUGUCUUUGAGUCCGUGAAAUCGCCAGUUAACGGAGAUGAUAUUGAGGCUAACACGAUUCAUGGGUUAGCAACUUGCCAUGCUGUGACCAAAUUCGGUGGCCAAUAUGUUGGUAAUCAAGUGGAGGUGGCAAUGUUUUCAUCUGUGGGCUGGGAGCUUGUGGAGGACGCCAAUGAGGCACCAUGUGUCCGUAGCCCUUCUGGGAAAGUGCUCAGAAUUGUGAAGCGUAAUGAGUUUGACCAUGCACGAGCUUCCAUGAGUGUUGUUGUGCAAGAUGAAGAAGGUCAAUUGCAUGUAUAUUGCAAGGGAUCCUUUGAGAAAAUUAAGGACUUGACCGCUUUUCAGAGUUUUCCUACAAACUACAUGCACAUAGCACACCAGCACGCUCAAGACGGGUGUUACGUCCUUGGUCUAAGCUUUAGAAGUCUCGGUUCUGAUUACAACUUGGAGAAUGUGGCAAAGUUAUCGCGUGAUGAGUUGGAGAAAGACCUUGAUUUUGUCGCACUCAUAUUAUUUCGAAAUGAACUAAAGCCCGACAGCCGGAAUGCAAUUGAAGCUUUGAAGGAAGGAGAGGUUCGACCAGUCAUGGUGACAGGAGAUAAUGCUCAUUGUGGGCAUUAUAUUGGGAAGCAGUGCAUGAUAGUUGCUCCAGGUGUACGCGUUUUACUAGGCGAUGUUGAUAGUGAUGGGAGAUUGGGUUGGAGAUCUAUGGGUUUGAAAGGAGAGGACAGCACCCAACCUUUGAGUACCGAUGAACUACUGAAGGAUCAUAUCAAGGAUCUCGAAGCAGGUGUGGAAGAGUUGGCAGUGACAGGACGAGCAUUCACUGUCUUGCGAAGAUCCGAUGUUAUUUACAGGCUUUUGCCUUUUACACGAAUAUAUGCACGUUUUACUCCUGCAGAUAAGGUACUAGUGGCAAAUAUGCAUCGAGAUAGUGGCCUGAUAGUAGGUAUGUGUGGAGAUGGAGGCAACGAUUGUGGCGCUCUACGGACUGCACAUGCAGGAAUAGCGUUGAGUGAGGCCGAGGCAUCAGUGGUUUCCCCAUUCACCUCUAAAGAGAAAUCAGUAGCCUCAACAGUCGAAUUAAUAAGGGAAGGACGUGGAGCUUUACACACAUCCUUUGCUUGCUACAAGUUUCUGAUUAUGUAUGGUCUCAUGUUUUCUAUACUCAAGCUUUGUGCUUACUGGUAUGGUAUUAUAUUAUGUCAAAUGGACUACAUAUUUAUUGAUGGAGUUGCUGUCUUGAGCUUGGGUUAUGCCAUGACUUUGAGCUAUCCAGAAGAGAAGCUUGCGAAGAUGCGCCCAACAUCGAGUUUGCUGGGCCCUUUGAAUGUGGCAUCAGUUGUGGGUGUCUGGGUGAUUAACCUGUUGUAUCUGGUCGGUGCGUUAAAUUUUAUGGUCAACCAUGCUGACUACGUCAAGUGGCCUGCAGUCUAUUCGCAUGGUGCAAGCUGGUGGACAUUGGGUGAUAAUUGGGAGUCGACUGUUAUUUUCUUUGUUAUGUUCUUCCAAUUUAUUACAUCGGCAUUUGUGUUUACCUUUGGAUCUGUGUUCCGAGAGAAUGUGUUCAAGAACUGGUUUCUGAUGGUGUCUUACGGAGGUCUGCUAGUAUUUAUGUCUGUUCUUUUGCUCUUGCCCUUCUCUGGAUUCACCAGCUAUUGGCACGUUGCAAGCGAGCAAUUCAAUAAAUUGAAUAGUACCUCCCCUGUUUGGAUGGCCUUUCAGGCACAUGGAGGCAGUCCCUCGAGUGCCAUGCCUUUCCGAUUUCGAUUUCAGUUAUGGGGGCUGAUUAUGACAAACUUAGUCGUCACCAUCUUCUGGCAGAAGGUUGUUGCAGAAGGCCCCGUUUCCAAAGCAUUCGCCAACAGGUGCAAGCGGGUGCAGUUCCUUCACUACAAGAGAAAAAAAGUUGGACCCUUGUUUGUGUUUGUGUUACCAAAAACUAGUGCAGUCGUGAUGCUGGUAUUGGCUCUGAGUACUUACAUGAUCAAAGAACUGUAUUUCCACUCAGACAGGGUGAAAAAAGGAAGUUCCAACAUUUCCAAUUCAAUUAAAAGAGAAUGGCUGCAUGAUUCUCUUAAUUUCAGCCUAAUCCAGAAAAGAGAAAAUCUUCAUGCAGUCCUCGGAGUAACCGUGCAAAUGUGAUACUAUGGCACUGAGGUUAUUACCUUCAAAUGGUUCUGAAGAGAUGAUGUGGUUUUCAGAAGGAGUAUUCAGCAAAAAUCUUUUUCACUGCAUUUAUUUUAAUAAACACACAGCAUGUUUAAGCAGGUAUGCGCACUCCACUGUAUUUAAGAGCAAAAGAGAAUUAAAAAAUCAUAAUUUAACAUGAAUACUAGUAAUACUUCAAAUGGUCUUGUUUACAUGUCUUCAGAGCUGCAAAAGACUUCUAUCUGAUGCACUUGCACAAAUUUUACGUGUAAUCUAUGGAGUUGUUCUCUUUAAGCAAGCAAAUUUUACGUGUGAUCAUGAUGCAAACCUCUUCCAAACUUAUCUUGGAUUGAAUAUUUAAUUGCCCAUUGAAAAGAUUUCUGGUUUUGUUGGAGUCUUUACAAGUAUUACUAACUUCACUUCUGUGUUUAUUUUUAAAUAGCAGAUUUCAUGUAAAAAGUCUAUAAUGAUUACAAUAUAUUUUAGAUAAGCAAGUGAGUGUAGAACAAAAGUGACAUUUCUUUGAUGAAACUUGCUAUUGUUGUUUUUUGCAAUUUAAAUUGCUUUGUUAU